AGCCGUUUUAGAUAAUAUGGCAAUAACUGUGGAUUGUUAACGGGAUUCCCGUUAUCUACUGUAGAACUAGAGUGUAUCUCUGAUUAAAUUAAUCUCCACUGGGUACAAAAGUACACAAAUCAAGUGUCAGUUUUGGAAAUUCGCCUUGUUUUUCGCGGCCGUAGGACACCAACUUUGCCGCAGUGCAUUCUGGGAGAUACAGUCUGUGCCACAUAUCCGUUUCGAGAAGGCAAGUUUGAGCAGUCCGACAAGUCGAGCCGUAAAGGACUCCACUCCUCACUUCCAGGAUGUUUCCCCGGGACUCGUACUCAAAAAACUGGAUAUUAUUUGAAGGAGCUUAACAGCAGACUGUGGAGAAUGAUCACCUUCGGGACACUUUGGUGGCGCUUUAGCUAACGAAGAAUAGCUACUUAAUAAGCGAGCCGUGGAGAAGAUUAGCUAACUAAGCUAACGACCAUAUUCAAUGAGGGGAGGGAAGAUAUUGACCUUUUCUGCAGGUUAAGAGAAUACAGUUUGAUCAUGUGUUUGGUCUGUUUAACCAACUUUGGUAAUACGACACCUCUGUGUGGCGUUUAAAGGCUGCAGCGGAGUUCUGCAUUAUGGAUAACAAUAAACAUAGUUUACAUUGGGGGUUGAGAUUAGUGCAAAUAUCAGAUUCAUUGAUUUAGCCGAUCCCUGGACAAAUACAUACUAUGCGGUAGCCAGGUCAUUUCUCAGAGGAGGUGUGUUAAGCCGUGAUCAUCAUCUGCGAAGAAUGUCCGACUUAGAAAGUUCAUAUUUUGGUUUGGAGGAUCCGCAGUGGCUGUGUAUGGUCACACUUUUCCUCGCAUCCGUCGUUACUCUACUGCUGUAUUUCAUACAGUAUUUCCAGCAUCGCCGCGUAGGAGACGAGCGGGGAGCAGGAGAGGACAAUGAAGCCGCCUCUCUGCUGGGAUGGGCUCUGUCACUGAGGAGCUGGAAGAGUCAGUGGAGAGGGGUCUGGUGCAGGGCUCUGAACCAAGAGUCCAGGAAGCGUGGGGGUCCUGUUUUGUUAACUUUUGAAGAAGAUGAUGUUGAGGCCACUGAGCUCGUUGUCAGAAAAGUGUCCAGCUUUCAAAAGUCUGCCAGGAACAAGGCCGCUUCCUGCAGUGUGGUUGGAGAGCAGCUUCAGUUCUCCGUCAGCGCAGCGUCGUCAUCCAUGUCUCCAACCAAUCCUCGGAGAUACACAGUGUGUGUAUCCCCGCUGGAGCUGCAGCUUGAUCUGCAGAUGCAAGAAGCUGAGGAUGAGGUGAAGGUGAGCUGGGGAGUGUCUCACCAAGAGGCAGGAGAGCUGCGAGUCACGCCCAAUUUCCCACAGGACAAUGCAAACACGGUCAGUGUAGCGGCAGUAAAGGAGCAGUUGAAGCAGCUGCUGUGUGCGACGCGUCCCUCUGUGCUGCUGAGCUGCAGGCCUGCUCAGGCCUCAGAGGUCCAGGCAGCGCACAACAACGUGGUUUCACCCCCCAAACCCCCCCGCGCCCACGACUGGAAGCUGCUGGUGAAGAACAUCAGGGUGACACUGAAUCAGGAGGACGAUGCUGCAGGCAGCAUGAAUCCUCUUUGUGUACUGAAGUUAGAUGAUCCUCCACAGAAGUUUAACACCUCAGUUUUAAAGAACACAACCAAUCCUGCCUGGGACCAGCCCUUUAUCUUUGAAUUAAAUGGACUUUCAAAAGAGCUCAAUAUUCAGCUGAUGAAUGAUGGACAACCUCAAGAGAAUUCCUUACUUGGUCAGGUGUCGGUGCCUUUCGAUCUCGUAAAGAAGCAUCCCAAAGGACAGCAAACAUUUGCACUCAUGACCAAAGACACAGUGACUGGAUCACUUACUACUGACUUUACCUUCCUGGAGCCCAGUGAGGUGAGGUCCUGGCACCCUCCUACCCCCGCCUCCAAUAAGAGGGUGGAGAUGGAUCGUACCGUCAUGCCCUGCGGCACCGUGGUCACCACCAUCACCGCGGUGAAGAGCAAGCCCGGUCGCCCGCUCCCUCCAGGCCUAACCAUAGAUCCUGCCGUUAAAUCUGCGUCCAUCAAGCCCAAGCUGUCGGGUCGUCGAGUGUCAGAGCAGCCGUGUGUGCUGGGGCUCACGGUCAAUAAGGCUCUGUCCUCUUCUGAUACUGAGCUGCUGAUGCUCAACGGCACCGACCCGGUGGCCGAGGCGGCCAUCAGACAACUGCACCAGUCUGCCAAACAGAAGCUCAAAUCACCGGUGAAAAAGAGUACCAUCAUCAUCUCUGGCAUUGCAAAGACACCAUUGUCUCAGGACGAUGAGCUCGCUCUGAUGGCGGGCUACGCUGCAGCGAUGGACGCCUCGAUGUCAGAGGGCAGCUCCACUCAGGAUGUAACCACGGCGAUAGCGACGGGGGCCAGCAGCCCUCCAGAUGAGUCUGAGCCCCAGGAGGGCCCCAGUGGAAUCGGCCGGCCUCCAGACGACUGGGAGAGCCAAACCGGGGAGACUCUUGACCAUACCUCGCUGUCCAUGUGUGUGUCUGAGGCCAGCUGCAAGAAGACCCGAGGCAGCUUCCUGCAGAAGAGUGCCAAGCUCUUCUUCCGGCGGCGUCACCAGCGCAAGGAGCCGGGGAUGAGCCAGUCGCACAACGACCUGGUCUACCUGGAGUCUCCGGCUGCGGUGGAGCGAGCCAGCCGAACAGCCACGAUCAGCCGCAUGCUCAGCCGCAAGAGCAAGAACAAGAGCAAAGCUAACGGCUCUACCUCCACGGGGGAACCACACGAGUGAACCCUACCCUGCUCACCCAUCAGUCCCUCCUACAGCAGCUACCACCUCCACCUCAAACAUGCACUGGCAAACCUCCUGGCUCACCUGCUCCCCCUACUGGCCGGCCUGCAUACUGCGGCUCAUGCAUUGUGAAUGGGAAAGCUUUGCAGACGUAAAAAAAUAAAUCCUCUUUUACUGCCGUUUCCUUCCACUACAAAGGAAGUGUGUGCAUGUGUAGAUGAAGGUCUCCACUCUUGGAUUAAUGGCUUCCAGAGGAUAUUAUAUAGCAUGUUUGUUUUAUUUGAUUUUAUGCAAUGUUUUGAACUUUUUAUUUUUAUUUUAUUUUUUUAAUCGCUUUGUGGCCUUGUUACCGACAGAAGAGACUGCCGGUGUGGGCUGUAACUCUUUACCUCACUGAGUGUGACGAGGAAACUCUCCCUGCUGUAAACCGUACGUUUCCUUACGGUGGACUGACAGGACCAAAGAUGAAGAGAAGAGUGGUGUUUGUAUGAUUUGCACACUUGUAGUACCUUUAAUUUAAAGUGCAAUGACAGGAGCUACUCAUGUGAUCGAGAUUUAAAAAAAAAAAAAAACAUUCACAAAGGGAGAUGAUCUUUUCACUCCAAGUGGGAGAUAGUAACACGACUACUUUUUUUGACACUAAUACUAUGAAAUAUAGUAUUUAUAUCCAUUCAUUUGAAAUGCUUCUAAUUGUAUUCUAAUUACGCCAGACAUGAGAAACAGCUGUAUGAAAUGUGCAUAAAAUAGGGGAAACAGGAAUAAAAACGUCAGCCUUAUGUCUAACAAAGAUUUCAGAAACGGUAGAUUCUGAUUGUCAUGCAAACCCCCGCUACAAACUGAAGUUAACGACCACCCGAAAAGUAGGAGAGAAGUAGUGACACUGUGGCUAAAAGUUCAGCUAUAUGUGAGUGUUUUGUUUACUUCUCUGCAGUGUUUUUCAAAGAUAUGCAACCGUCUUCCUCGUCUUCCUUCCUGCACACUACUGUUAUCAGCAGGGUUGUUAAUGUGUCAAAAGGGAAAUGAAUGAAACUUUCUAAUCCAGGGACUGUGACGUUACACUCAGCCAUACUUGUCGCUUUACGCACUAAUGAAAUUUGUUCUGUAUUCUUGUGUCAACCCUGCAACUCUCCAGUCUUUUUCUUAAAAGAUGUAGCUUUGGACACAUGAGCAAGAGAAAGUGUGAAUGCAUUUAGGAGUAAACAAAUAACCCUGGCUGCUUUUUUUUUUAUCCAGCUAAUGAUUGUAUUUCCUUUUUUUUAAGCAGCUUGUUGCAGACAUGUCUGUACAUCAUUUUAACUACUGUUUCUAAGAGAAAUGAUGCUUCACAGUGACGGACAGAUCGCCUUACAGUCAUUCUGAGGACGUCACCAGCUCUCUUCUUCCUUGACUUGAUGUGACUUUUGGCCACUGUGUUCCUGCAACAUCUGCAUAAGACCAUAAUCUAGAAGCCUAUGCACAUAACAUAUCUGAUAACAGAGUGUUUACAUUGUGAGACUAUCAGAAAUAAAAAUAAAAAAACACUCACUUGCUGUUCAUGGCCGCGCUCUCAUGCACCAUCAUUGUCUGUUUUAAGAGCAUAUUCACACCAGGAAGAAGAAUUCUGUCACCAUCCAAACCCUGAGAGAAGGAGGGAAACACGAGUUGUUUUAAAUAUUCUCAGCGUCAGAUUGUUGCUCAUGAAAUGAAGCCUGCAGGCAUCAGGCAUACUGAAUGCCUUCAGUAAGCAGUAGGGCUCUAUGUGAUUAAUAAACUGCUUCCUGAUGUGUUUUUAUUAGCAUCUGCUCUGUGUGCAGACACAUUUGUUGCAGGAAGUCGGUCAUUUUCCCUACAGGGAUUGUAACUAAUCUGCAUAUAUUAUUUCAUUUCCAGUAAUAAACUAUUGAUUGAGUAACA